AUGUUUGUGCUCCCCGAGAUGAAAGCGCCGCCAGAGGGACUGCAGGUGACGCGUCGCGGCCUGCCGGCGAGAGUGCCCCCCGAGUUUUCGUUGUCCCCGCCGCUGCUUGCGUACUGGGGCCUUCCAUUCUACAGCGAGCUGCCAGAGGAGGGCCAGGCACGCACGGAAAUAAUGGAGUCGUAUUUGCUUGGUCUGUCGCGCUUGUUGCGGCUGCGCAAUACCACGUUGCAGGAAGCUUUUGAUGACGCUCUCGUGAGAGUGAUAGAGGAUGAGGGUGUAGAGCGAGGAUUCAUUGCGGAGGACGGUAACCUUCUUGCCUGGAGGAGUUUCAUCGACCACACGCGCCUGGAGGCGCUGGCGUUUUUGAGGAAACGAGAAGAGAUGGCACGGCAGCGCGUCAUCGAGACGUAUUUUACAUUCGCCCUGAGAGCUUUAGGUCAUUUUGAGGUGCUACAUCGCCAGCACAUCGCCACACAGUUUUUGGACAGCUUUUUUUUGAAGCGGUGCCAGCUGCCUCCUGAGCGGCCGCUGCAGCAUUCUCCGCCUGUGCUAGAGAAGAGUUGUACCGCGGCUUCUGGAGCGGCGGAAGCCUCGUGGUGUACUGCCCUUAUUGCAGAAGAGAACUCUUCCCGAAACCGUCUUGUGGAAGAAUUCUUUGCGAACAUUUGUCUUGCGGCCGAAGUCUUUGCGGCUUCGGUAAAACGAAAUAUGUACGAGGAGCAGAAACCCCAGCUAGAGUUGAAAUUAUUCUCCACACUGAAUCAGCAGGCCACCGUCAUUCAAAGUGUCUUUCGGGGGCACUAUGAGCGGCGGCGGCGUUCUUCUGCGGCGGCAGCCGCCUUUGCGUGA